AUGCCGUUGAUCUACACCAUUGUACUGGCGAUCCUGUCAUCCUUUUCGUACAUAGUCGCCGGAGCUCUGUUCUUGGGGAUCGUCAUUUUGGCGAUCAGGAACGACCUGGUGUCCGCCGCGAUCGCCAGAGAGUUACAUCGUCAAAAGCCGGUGGUGGUUAAAGUUGUCGAUGCUGAUGAAGAAAACGACUACUGGAUGAACUCAGUCAAACGGAUGGCUUUCGAGCCCGUGCCGCCAGCGGUAAGGAUCCAAAUGUUUGUCAACCUUUUGCAAAAGUUCAAGGUCGACCGGCUGGAUCCAAUGGACAAACGUUUCAAAGCAGUUACCGAACGGAUGACAAGAAUGAUGGCUACUUAUCGCCGGGCUCGAAUGGCCUACGAUUUUGAGUCAUCAGAACUGAACGCAUUAUACGCAUCAAAUACUCGCCAGACAAUGUCGAUCGGCACAAGUACAGCACACAGUGAAAAUUCAGCAGUUUCUAAGCCAAGAUCUGUAAAGGAAGAAAAUGAAUCGUUGAAGAAGGUUUCCAUCGUUGAGCCAUCGAAGAAAUCGUUAUCGAAGAAAUCGUUGCAAGUACAUUCUGUUGAGCAUACUCAGUCGGGAUCGAUAUCGAAAUCUUCGACUUCAGUGGUUCCACCGACAGAACCGGAAUCACUUACUGAAAAGCUUAAGGAACUCACAGCGUAUCUUAUAUCAGUUGUUAUAUGGUUUAAAAAUGCCUUGACUUCCAACGUAUAUAGGAGAAAAGCUGUUGCAGUUUAUCGAGGGAUCAAUUCGAUACUUGACUCCCAAUACCUAAAAACAUGUUUUAAAUUCAUUUUUGACAGUUUUGAUAAGACUGUCAAGCUUUAUGCACACAUAGACAUGAAUGACGAUGAAAUGACUUCAGUCAUGAUAAGAAUACCAGCAACAGAAAAUGAUGGACAGUGA